GAACCCUUCGUGGAAUGUCCAACAGAAACAGCUUGGAAAGAAAUUAAGGCCGGCGAUAUUAUAAAGGAAAAUUACCUGUUACUAGAAGAAAUUGGAAGUGGAAGUUUUGGAAGAGUAUUCAGAGCACUUAAUCAGAAAACGGGAAUACAGUGUGCAAUAAAAUGUAUGAAAAAAUGCCCUAAAUUUGAGCAAAUCAUAAGACAAGAACUUCAUGUGUUUGAAUUGCUUGAAUUGGAGGGCCCAAAUGGCGAUGAAAAUAUUGUCGAGUUUUAUGAAAGCUUUUCAUGGAACGGGAAUACAUGCAUAGUUUUCGAGCUUCUGUGUGUCAAUUUGUAUCAAAUAAUGAGUCGAAAUAAUUUUAAGGGUCUGCCGUGUAUGACAGUGAAAAAAAUGUCUGCAUGCAUUUUAAAUUCUCUGAAGUUUCUGCAUAAUCAUCAAAUUAUUCACUGCGAUCUCAAACCGGAAAAUGUUCUAAUGGUUCGUCCAGGAUAUCCUUUAGUCAAAGUCAUUGAUUUUGGAUCUAGCUGUCGCGUUGGACACACCUUAUAUACGUAUAUUCAAUCACGAUUCUACAGAGCACCUGAGGUUAUUCUUGGAAUGGAAUAUGACACGGCAAUUGAUAUUUGGAGUUUGGGCUGCAUUAUAAUGGAACUGUUAACAGGAACGCCGCUAUUUCCUGGGGCGGACGAGUAUGAUCAAAUGGCCUGCAUAGUGGAAGUUCUUGGUUUGCCGCCACCUUCGUUUCUUCGUAAGGCUAAACGCCUAAGAACAUUCUUCUGUGAUUCUGGUCGACUACGGCAUCAUUCGGCUGGGCAAGAAAAAGCAAGUUUGACCUAUCCCGCCAGAAGCCCCCUUCUGCAUACAAUGCCAAGAGGACUGCCGGGAAGUCUUCCUCUGGAGGUGUUACUUCAGCACUCCCUGGGCGGUGUGGAUUCAGACCUCCUUGACUUCAUUCAGCGGUGUGUAUGUUGGGUUCCAUCCGGGCGGCUUACCGUCAUCGAGGCACUGAACCACCCCUGGCUACGCUCGUUGAAGUCUAUAAACAUGAGAAGGCCAGAAAUAGUGGAUUCUCCGGAGAAAAAGGAAAAUACUACCAACGUUUCGGAACCAGAUGGAAAAUGUGCCAACAGCCAGUUGUCUCCUUCAGCAACGGAUCCUUUAUCAGCGACCAUUCGUUUGGCUGUCGAGGCCUGA